UGACGCUGUGACAUCGUCCCCAUCCUCCACCCAACGACUACCACCCCACGCCAGAUCACAGUACCACAACAGUGACGUUUCAGGAUGGCAACAACGUGAGCGGCGGACCCCGCCUGUCUGCUGGCCAGCUGUUCCUGGAGCGCCCGUAUCGGCGUUCUACUACUGCAGGGUCCAACUCCCAGUGAAACAAGUACAGCAACAGUUCUUCAUUCACAGUUAAAGGAUCUCGUGCAUUUUAUGAUUGGCUGCUGCGGCUUGGCAGUCUACAUCAGUGGUACCUCGUCACUUCAUAGUCACUUUGUGCUCAGUUUCUGCCAGUGAUAUUAUACAGCGGACGGAAACACAUUCAAAGGGCUUCUCCCUCUAGCUGUCAAUCAACAACGCAGGGGGCUGAUCGCCAGUCAUUCAUUGGCUGAAUCAGGAGGAGGUACAAGGAAUUUGGGUAGUUGAGGUCUUCUGCUCAAGUCCCACCAGCAACUAGCGGCGAGGUCUACCAUUCUCUGGAGGAGUACCUGUGUCUUUCCUUCGAGGUACGGAUUUAUACGAGACGGCACGAUGAAAGUUCCAGCACUCUUCACCAUUGCUGUAGUCCUAGGGUACCACACGUCCAGUGCCUGUCCCGAACCUCAGCAACUUGUUCAGGAUGUACAGACAUGCCUUGGAAGCAUGAUGAUGUUCGUAAACGCAGAUAAAAACGACAGGAAAUCAAAAUGCCCAAAUCUGAAGGAUGGUAUUGACUGUGUGGACGACAUCUUGGACGCCUGCAAGGAUAACCCUGCCCUCCAGGGACAAUACGACAUGCUGAAGGACCGGAUGGCACAGAGUCGAAAGGAUUUCGAAAUAUACUGUGGCACCGCUGCAGGAACCGCCUCAAGCGGAAGCACCUCAAGUAUGUUCCUGAUUGGUUUGACUUGUUUAUCGUCACUGUGGUUUAGAAACACUCAUAUGUGAACAGUGCCUGACAAAACAGCUUAUCUUUCCUGUUGAAUGCCUUAACCAACAAACCUUCAGGGAAGCUCUGUCCAAUCUGUACCAUGCUUUUCUAGGAAGGUCUAACCUUCCAUUUCAUGUGAAUACGUUUGGUGUGAAUAAGAAGAAGUGCGUAGGCCUGGACAGAGAUAAAGUGAUAGGGGAUGGACAUGUGUACUUAUCGUUUAAAUUAUCACAUAUUUCAUUUCACGUUAUUCAUCCUUUAGUUCUGCCAAACUGGUUCAGACAAUGGACCCUGUAUUUCAAGAGCUUUAAUAUAUAUGGAUACUUUCCUACGUACAUAUUUAUCCAUGGACAACAAAAGUGUAUAAAACGACAUGACCACAUAAAGUUAGCGCUGCAUUUGGCAAUGAUAUAAAGGACAUACUUGUCAAUGAUUUUUAGCGCACAUUACGCAUUUUGACAUUUGACAUUCCUGUGCAUCGUUCUUAUGAAGAAUUCAUAUGGAAAUGAAAUUUAAUAUCUCAAAUGUGAAAUGAUAAUCCGUUAACAUUAACACAUCUACAGAACCCCAGAUUUGAGUGAAACUCUUUGAGAGCAAUGUCAGAAUUACGUCAAAUGUGCGAACGUGUCAUCCAAGUGACGACAACCGCAGAGGUCAUUCUGUAAGUGUACAUGUGAACAUUACUUCGUAUCAACUACCAUGCGACUAUGCACAUCGGUGUUGUUAAGAACGUCCAGCUCUUUCCAAACCGUUUCUUGAUUUAUAGAAAUAAUGUGUGAUGUGGCUAAUCAUUUGAGUGGGUGAUCGUAAUGUAUGCCGUUGUCAGUAUUUUAGCAGCUUCAAAUUUGUACAGGAUGCUGAGAAGGCUGUCUCUCGUUCAGAAGGAAUGUUUCAUUGUACUAUUAACAUUUAUACUAUCUCUAUGCUAUAGUUUGACUAAGAUGUAAAUUCACUACCUUUUAUACAACCGUGUACCAUUGCUGUUAGAUCAUCGUUGCAAUUGUCCAAUGAUAAUUGUCUUCCAAUUGUUCCAUGUGUUUCUGCAUAUGUAUACAAUGUUAGUACAUAACAAUUAUGCCUGUAAUAAAGAUAUAUGAUAUUCGUAAA